CAACUACGAAAAUUCGUACCGGGUGUCGUUGACCUUCCUUAACAGGCUGUGCACCAACAUUCCGUUCUAGAUGUUUGGGAUAGUGUACGAUACAUGCGACUGGUCGACUGGCUAGAGGCGACAGAGCAGUACAUUCAGGUCAAUCUGGAGCUGCACAACACUUUCAAGGCCGACGAUCUGGGCAAGGUAUUUAUUCAGUUAAAGGUGGUGGAGCGCAGGAAGCAGACCAGAAACACCGGAAAUCAAGCCGGAGCCGGACCCCAAGAGGUUCCCAUUCUACUACUUGACCCAUUCGAUCAAGAAAUUGACCAAGAUCCCUUUGCACUUUUUCAGCUUGUUGAACAGUUUUCGCGUGCGAAGGUAUGUACUUGCGAAACUAUUCCAGAUCAAACUGUCAGCGAACAUUUGCAAAUUACGAAACAUGGACGGUGA